GGGCAAAGCAAGCGUCCAAUCAAGUCUGGUCAAGUCCGUCCAAGGCCCUCGGUGGUAUCCCCUGAGCAGGUGCAGCAGUGGAAGCGGACAAGCGGAGUCGCGAUGGGCAAGAGACUUGUUUGACUCGAUACACACAACUUAAAAACUUUAUCUCGCUACCCCCGCUGCGCACCAGAGACCGUGUCUGCCGUUGUGACGUCUCUCACCUUCUACUGAAACAGGCGGAAACACCCGGACAUCAACCUCAGGCCAUGGCAUCCUCCAAGGCACGGGUUGUGGACAUCCACACUCACAUGUACCCGCCGUCGUAUGUCGAGAUACUCAAGUCGAGGGAGACCAUCCCCCUGGUGAGGUCCUUCGACCCGGCCCAGGACCCGCGCCUCAUCCUGCUCGAGGCCGAGGUCGCCUCGCUCAAGGCGGCGAGCUCCAGCGGCGGUGAUGCGCCUGCAAAGCUGCCAGGACGGCCCCUGACGAAGCACUACGCGUCUCUGGACCAGAAGCUGCACUUUAUGGACAGCCACAGGAUUGACAUCUCCGUCGUGUCGCUGGCGAACCCGUGGCUCGACUUCCUGGCCCCCUCCGAGGCCGGGGCCGUGGCCGUGUCGAUAAACAACGAGUUCGACGCCAUGUGCGCCGCCCACCCGGGCCGGCUGUUCUUCUUCGCCACCCUGCCGCUGACGGCGCCCCUGGACGUGGUCCGGUCGUCCAUCGAGCACGUAAGGUCGCUCAAGCACUGCCGCGGCGUGAUCCUGGGCACUUCGGGCCUCGGAAAAGGGCUGGACGACCCGGACCUGCUGCCCGUCUUUGACGGCCUGGCCGCGGCGAACCUGCUCAUAUUCCUGCACCCGCACUACGGCCUGCCCAACGAGGUCUGGGGCCCGCGGGCGAGCGACGAGUACGGGCAUGUGCUCCCGCUCGCGCUGGGCUUCCCGAUGGAGACGACCAUCGCGGUGACGCGCAUGUACCUGGCGGGCGUCUUCGACCGCGUGCCGGCCCUGCGGAUGCUGCUGGCGCACAGCGGCGGGACGCUACCGUUCCUGGCGGGCAGGAUAGAGAGCUGCGUCGUGCACGACGGGCACCUCGUGCGGGAGGGGCGGGCCGGGCGGCCGGGCCGGCGGACGGUCUGGGACGUGCUGCGGGAGCAGGUGUACCUCGACGCCGUCAUCUACUCCGAGGUCGGGCUCAAGGCGGCCAUCGAGGCGAGCGGGGCCGACAGGCUCAUGUUCGGCACCGACCACCCCUUCUUCCCGCCCUUGACUAGCGACGAGGACGGCGAGUGGGAGAGCGUCGGGCUCAACUCGGAGGCGGUGCGGCGCGCGCUCGGCGACGGCAGCCAGGGGGCGGUGGGCAUCAUGGGCGAGAAUGCCAUCAAGGUCCUCGGGCUAGACGUCUAGUGCGUGUGGCUUGACUGGCGCAGAGCUGGAGAUGAUGGCGUGAUAUCAUGUGCAUCUUAUGGUGCGAUGAUAAAGAAGCUAUUUGCAACUUGUAUCCUGCAACCCAAGGCGACACUUAGAUACAAACAGAAUAGCCAAUAUCACUUCGUUUCCGGGCUGAAAGUAAAACCCGUUGGUCGAUCAGAACAACGGGUAACAUUCGCUUGGAGAGCGAUCCUCGAGUGAAUAGUAGUGAAUGCAGCUUCAGGGGCUGGUCGAGUU